AUGCGAAUACGCCCCCUCUCUCCGCGUACGGCUGAACCAGCGUUUUUUUCCUUCCUAGUUCCCCCGACUUGCUCCCCCCUCGCGUGCGGCCGUAUAGGUGAGCUGGACGAGGAGGAGGAGGAGGAGGACGAUGACGAGGAGGAAGAAGACGAAGAAGCUGAGCAGGAGCGCGCGGUCCCGGCCGGUAAAGGCAGAGGAGCGAAAUCAGAUUCUGCAACGGGGCGGAAAGGCGCAGGGGGAGGGGCUCCCUCGGCGGUACCGAAGCGUGAGAAGACCGGGCAGGCUGCGGUUGCGAGCGGGAGUGAUACCGAAGACAACGACGACGAUAGCCUCGAUGAGGAUGACGACGGCGUUGAGGAGGAGGAGGAGGAAGAGGAGGAGGAGGAGGAGGAGGAGCCAACUACCAGCGGUCGUGGCGCUGCGGUCCCCCAGCCGAAGCAGCUGCAGGGCCGGCAGCAGAACGGUGGCAAGGCGGGGUCGUUCUACAGCGACACCCCCGAGGGUACCAAGUUCAGCUCCUCCUCCUUCGCCGACCUCAACCUAUCCAGACCGCUGCUCAAGGCGGUGGAGGCGCUGGGCUACAAAACACCCACACCGAUCCAGGCCGCCUGCAUUCCCCUCGCCCUGGCGGGUCGGGACAUCUGCGGCAGCGCCGUCACGGGUAGCGGCAAGACCGCCGCCUUCGCCCUGCCCUUCCUGGAGCGACUGCUACACAGGCCGCGGGGUCUGGCCGCCACCUAUGUGCUGGUGCUCACACCCACUCGGGAGCUGGCAGUGCAGAUCCACUCCAUGAUUGAGAAGCUGGCCCAGUUCACGGAUGUCACGGUAGCGCUCAUUGUGGGCGGACUCAGUCUGUCCGUGCAGGCGGCCACUCUCAGGAAGCUGCCCGAGGUAGUGGUUGCUACUCCGGGCCGGCUUAUCGACCACCUCCGUAACAGUCAGAGUGUGGGGUUGGAGGACCUGGCGGUUCUGGUACUGGACGAAGCGGACAGGCUGUUGGAGAUGGGUUUCCGCGACGAGGUGAUGGAGGUGGUUCGGUGCGCCCCCAAGAAGCGGCAGACCAUGCUGUUCUCAGCCACGUUCUCAGACCAGGUACGGGACCUGGUGUCGUUGUCCCUCAAGCAACCCGUGAGACUGGCGGCGGAUGCGGCCAGAGCGGCACCCAAGCUGCUCACACAGGAGAUCGUGCGGCUCAAGGGCCCCGCUGCCGCCGCCACCAAGGAGGCCGUGUGUGUGGCGCUGUGCAGCCGGUCCUUCUCCUCGGGGCGCACCAUUGUGUUCUGCUCCACCAAGCAGAGGGCGCACCGCCUCAAAAUACUGUUCGGACUGGCCAAGCUGCCGCCCGCGGCCGAGCUGCAUGGCAAUAUGAGUCAGACUGCCCGGCUGGAGUCCCUGGAGUCAUUCCGGCGCGGGGACACCGCCUACCUGCUCGCUACCGAUGUUGCGGCCCGAGGUCUGGACAUACAGGGGGUGGAGGUGGUGGUCAAUUACGACGCACCGCGCAAGCUGGAGACCUACUUGCACAGAAUAGGCCGCACAGCGCGAGCUGGGGCCGCGGGAGUGGCGGUCACCCUGGUAGAGGACGGAGACAGACCGCUGCUCAAGGAACUGACCCGCCGGGUCGGUGGCGCUGGUGGUGGUGGUGGUGGUGGCGUUACGUUGCGGCAGCGGCUUGUUCCCCCGCAGGCGGUUGCCCAGUGGCAGGGGCGAAUUGAAAGGAUGGAGUCUGAUGUUGCGGCCAUCCUGGCGGAGGAGCGGCAGGAGGCGGAUUUGCGGAAGGCGGAGAUGGAGGCCAACAAGGCUUCCAACAUGUUGGAGCAUGAGGAGGAAAUUAUGGCCCGACCCAAGCGCACUUGGUUCGUGAGCGACCGGCAGAAGAAGGAACUGAAGAAGCGAACCGCGGCGGCGGCGGCCUCCGGGGGACAUGACAUGGAGGAGGACGGCGACGAUGACGGCGGUGACGACGGCGCGGCAGCGGGCAAGAAGAAGGCCAAGGCGGUCAGCAAGGCGGAGAAGCGAACUGCUCGCAAGGCGGAGGCGGCUAAGGAGGCCAAGGAGAAGGAGGCGGGCAAGCGCAAGAGCGCAAAGGACGCUGAGCUGGAAGCCAACAAGCCCAAGGUGCGCUCCAUCAAGACCCUAGCUCGGGAGCUGCAGCAGCAACACGGCCUCACUUCAACGAAGGCGGCCAAGAUGGCGGCUCAGCAAAUCACUGGUCUGAAAUCAGGGAGCAAGAAGUCGAAGAACAAGAACAAGAAACAAAAGACCGGUGAUGGCGAUGGCGGAAAUGGAGGCGAUGGUGGGCUUUUCUCCGGCGAUGGCCUCAACACCGCGCGGCCCGGCAAGCUGUCCGUGAGCACGGCAAGUCCAGGUGGCGACGGCGGAAUGAAGUCCAUUGGUCGCUUUGGCGGUAAGCUCAAGUCGCAGCUGAGUCGCACGGAGCUGAACAAGCUGCGCCGUGGCGGCAAGGGCAAGAGCUCCUUCAAGAGCAAAUCGCGAUUCAAGCGGCGCUGAUCCUUCUUGAUGAGGUUGCCUGUGUUUGGUAACGGUGUGGGAGUCUUCCUGCUUGCUCUUAGCGCUUGAAAGGGUGGCUGGGCCCUUGGCAGGUGCUACCAGACUGUGGCAGCUGGCGGGGAGAGGCAGGAGGGGCUGCGCCAGGUCAGGUGGAGGUGGACAUGGACUUAUCUUGUUAAGCCGCGAAAUUUGUGUGCACCCACCCGGUCUAACGUG